GGCAAAACCUACUACGAUCAAAGAAGCAAUUAAACGAUGGGAAGAUAAAAGUGGAGAAAACUCAACCGAAGCUAAAGAAGUAUCGUUGAUAUUUCAAUGGCCCCCUAUUGAGAAAAUGGACUCAAAUUUGGGUAAUUUGGUGAACUGCGAGUGAGUAUGAAAUGUUUCCAUCGAACCAAAUUAAUUUUCAUUACUCGAGCAAUGUUUCAUUUAAAAGGAAAUUAUCGUUAUCAACAAACAUGAUAGAAAAGAUCACCGGUUUGGUAGGAAUGAAACACUUGAAAGUUCUCUCUGUGGGCAGAAAUUAUAUAAAAUCUUUCGCUGGUUUGGAUAGCGUGGCAGAUACGUUGGAAGAAUUAUGGAUAUCGUAUAAUUUCAUCGAAAAACUGAAAGGUAUCGAUGUUUUGAAAAAGCUCAAGGUAUUAUACAUGUCGAAUAACUUAGUUAAAGAGUGGGCUGAAUUUAAUAAGUUGCAAGAAUGCCCUUGUCUCGAGGACUUGAAUUUCGUAGGCAAUCCUAUACAUGAUACUUUGGAAGACGCAGAAUGGAGAAUAGAAGUACACAAACGUCUUCCGAAUUUAAAAAAAUUAGAUGGCGAACCGAUAGUUCCAGAUCAAACAUUCUAAUAAUCUAAAUCAAAUACUGUAACUGAAAUUAAUUUAGACAAUUUAUUCAAUUACGAUUUCACAUCUCGAAAUUAACGUAGCCGAGAAAAUAAAUACUUCGAUUAUGAAAUCUAUUCAACAAAAUAAGUACAAAAUGAUUGUAAAAAGAUGACAUAUUGAAAUACAUUUCGUAACCUAACACGAUCAAUAAUUAUCUAACACCAUAUCAUUUAUACCAAGAUCGUCAUUCUGCUCAUCAGUUCUCUCGUACUGAGUAAUUUUCAAUUUAUCAUCCGGUUCGGGCGGAGUUUUACUCUGAGCGUAGCUAUUUCCAGCCGGAUCAUCUAAAAUCAACGUGAAUGGUACUUUGCAAGCUAUCACAUCGUCUAA